AUGACCUCCUACAGCGUUCAAGACGAGUCAGCUCGCGUGCUGGAUACACUGUUCAGCGACCCGAAGAUUGACUUUCCCGAGUCCUUCAAAAAGGCUGCGAAGAAGGUGAAGUUUGUCGGACAUCGUGACCCCUUCAUCCCGACUCCCUUGAAGAUUACAGAAUCGAGCUCUGCCUUGAGCGCGUACACGGCUGCUGUGGCAAGCGCAAUAUCGGCGGAUCGAUAUGGACUGGAAUUGCAGGACAUCGAAGUGAACACUGAUGUUGCCACCCUCUUUCUCAUGUCUCUGGUUCUUGCCACCAUCAACGGAAAGCCCGCGCUCGAAAACCCCAAGAUCCGAGCUGAGAUCGCCAAGGGUGAUGUUCAUGAGAUGAGAAAGCCCAUCCAUCGCCAGUGCACCAAUGUAUAUCAGACCAAGGAUGGUAAAUGGUACCACCUGCACAGCUCCAUGAACGCUGCCCCGUCGAUGAAGAUGAUGGGUGUACCCGAACAGGACGUCACCCACGAUGAGGCCAUUGAGAUCUACAAGGAGAAGGUGGCUCAGUGGGACUCCGCCGAAAUUGAGCGCGUGGCCAACGACGAAUACCGCCAAGCCGGUGUCGUUUGUAAUACUCCAGAGGAAUUCUUCGCAUCGGAGCACGGCAAGAUCAUGGGCGAAGAGCCCCUGUACACUUUGAAGAAACGAAAUGCCCCGAGAAAGCCAUGGCCCGAGACCAAGGACACCGCUCGCCCGCUGGCCGGUAUUCGGGUGAUUGACUUCUCGCGAGUCAUUGCGGCACCUGUUAUUUCCAAGGUCCUGGCAGCCCUUGGUGCCGAAGUUCUGAAGGUUACAUGGGAGACUCUUCCCGACAUCUCGAUAACAUGGCUUGAUCUCAGCACUGGCAAGCGCGACACAAACCUGAACCUUAAGACCCCCGAGGGCAAGGCCAAGUUUGCUGAGCUGGUCAAGGGAGCUGAUGUUCUGAUUGAUGGAUAUCGUCCUGGUGUGCUGAGCAAGUUGGGCUUUGACGCUGACUCUCUUCGUGCUGAUAACCCCUCCUUGAUCUACCUCCGAGAGAACUGCUACGGCUUCAAGGGACCCCUGGCAUACCGCUCCGGCUGGCAACAAGUAAGCGACUGUGUUGUGGGUAUUGCCUGGGAGCAAGGCAAGUUCUUUGGCUUGGACGAGCCAAUUGUUCCUCUGCUUCCCAACUCUGACUACCAAAUGGGCAUUGCUGGAGCUGCUGCUGUGGCACAUGCACUAUACGCUCGCACCAAGGAUGAUGUGACCUUCGAUAUUGACAUUUCCCUCACACAGUACAACAUCUGGUACUACCGUCUCGGUCACCAUGCCGAAGAGCAGAAGAAGCAUCUCCUUAAGCUGCACGAGAAUCACGGCCUUCGCCACUACCACGAGAUCUUUAUCUUGAUUGAAAAGAUGCAUGCGGCCGUAAGGAAGGUGCGUCCUGAUGCUUUUGAGCAAGAGGAAUAUUUCGAGACCAUGAGUGGUAAGGACUGGGGAAUUGAAGAUGAUGUGAGAGUUCUCUCUUUACCAUUUACCCUCAACAAGUCCCGCCUCACAUACGAUGUGCCUUCUGGCAUCAAGGGACGUGAUAAGCCCGAGUGGCUGUAA